AUGGGGUCGGGAAAGAAGAUGAAGAAUGCAAGAACGGAAUCCUCUUGGACAGUGAAUUCCACCACACCAGCUAGAAACUUGAGGAUGACCAAAAUCGGGACAAUUAGUUUUGGAUGCAAGCACAACACAAUUCAAGAAUGUUACAAUAAUCUAUUAUUUGCACCACAUUUUGCAUAUGUGCGAAAUAUCAAACCUGGUAUGCCACUUUUUCUAUUCAAUUAUAGUGAUAGAAGACUUCAUGGUGUUUUUGAGGCUGUUAGCCAGAGACAAUUGAACAUCAGUCCUUAUGCAUGGACGGAUGGAUCCUACUACACACUAUAUGAGGUAAAAGUUCGGGUUGUGACUCAAUGCAAUCCAAUCAAUGAAGAGAGCUUUAAGACAAUAAUUGCAAGCAACUACUAUUACGAGAGGUUGUUUUGGUUUGAACUAGACAAAGUUCAAAGUGAUAACUUGAUGUCACUAUUUCAUGCAAAGCCAAGGGAAAUAUACACAGGAGACCUCCCUUAA